AUGGCAUCGACUGCGGCGGUUCUGUUCUGGAGGGCGGUGGGGAUGACGUGUAUAACGUACUCAAACAUCUGCGCGAAUCUCGUGAGGAACUGCCUGAAAGAACCCUUCAAAACUGAAUCCAUGAGCAGCGAGAAGGUUCACUUCUCCCUCUCCAAAUGGGCCGAUGGAAAGCCCCAGAAACCAGUUCUUCGAAAUGAGUCUGCUGAUGAGAAGUCUGAUAUUUACAGCUUUGGAGUUGUACUAUGGGAGCUUGCCACCGAGAAGAUCCCAUGGGAAAAUCUCAACGCUAUGCAGAAAAUCCCACAGGUGAAGGUUGGAAGAAGACCUGGUGAUGCAGAGAAUCAGAGCGUUAACCGAAAAAGCUUUACUUGA